AUGGUUAUUUUCAAGAUUGCUGCUCAGUUAUUCAGACACCUCGUUGACGUGUUUUCAUCGGAACGGAAACCUGGUUUGAGGAGAACUUUAUGCCUGAUCUUGCUUUGUCUUCUAUUGGGCACGGGAGCUAGUGGUAUUCUUUACAUUUGCUUGGAAAAAUUACAGUGCAAUCUGAUAGUAGCUCUGGCAUUGUGUGGAACCUUUUCUGUGGUCAUUCCUGGAGCUCUAUUUUUUUGCAAGUAUCUCAGAUGUUUCACACUCAUAUUCCUUUUCUCAAGUGGAAGCAAACAAGGUCGCAAUGCCCUGAUAGCAGCUGGCACCAGUAUAGUGCUCCUUAAUUGUGCCCAAAAUAUCUUUCACAAUUUAACGGAAAUAGUGAGGAGCUUACAUUGCUACUUGGUAGGCAUGCUAAUGUCUGUCCGUGAUCUUUUGUUAAAUUACACUGAAAUAAUCCAAUGGAUUUAUCAACAAUUCAAGAAGAUAGAGCCAGUCAAUUUACUUAGAUUCGACAAUGAUUUAAAGAUUUAUCACCACGUUGAUGAUCGUGAGGUAAAAAUGAAACUCAAUGGAACCAAAAUAAAUAUAGACAGGCUGGCUAAUAACAUCAUUUCAACAUUUGAAACUUUUUCGAUAGUUGUUAUAAAUACAAUGGCUGUCAUGGGUGUCCUGCUGAUUCUAUUAUUCACUUGGUUCUACAUCAGAAGAUUUUUAUCCAAUGUCAAUUUUGAAAACUUAUUUGUCACAAAUCAACUGCUGCAAUUUGAUGAAAGGCAGGCAGAACUGGGAAAAUCGCAUUUGCUCCAACUAACUAAGAAAGAGAAGAAAUAUUUCAUGAAAAUUCCAGCACUAAGUUUAUCAGAAAUGGAACUGAAAAGCAUGGCACGAUUCCUGGCUCCUAUCUUGAGUAAUCUGUGCAUUUGGAUUAUAGUCAUCAUGCUGGAUUAUGGAGUAUUUCUUAUUGCAGAUUCAUUAAGACAUCAUAUAGACCAUCUGCCCACAAUAAAUAUUACCAUGAGUGUGCAUUUUUCAGCUACAUCCCUGCACAUUUUAAUUAGGGCCAUUUUAUUUCUGGGUCAUCCUCUUUAUGUAUUAAAUUAUUAUCUCAUUGUUUUUAUUCAGAAAGAGGUCAAAAUCCUCACCUUUCAGAAUGAGAUGCUGGAGUCCAAUGAAAACUUCGUAUCAGCAAUUGAUUUGUCUAAGAGUGGCUGCAUCCUUCAACCAACACUAUCGAUAAACAAAUUAUUGAUCCCACUCAUCACACUAUUAGCCAUCUUAUUAUUAGUCACUUUACUUUCUGCAAAACUUACAAUUAUGAAAAUCAUGGUCUUAUCAUCAUUUUACAAGGAGACUGAGGAGGACCGUGUACGAUGUUUGCAUAAAAAAAUACUGCAGAAGAGGCGCUGGGCCAAAUUAUUCAAUACAGAGGAGGUACACAACACUACUGGUAAAAAGGUAAGGAGUUCAUUAUAAUGUAAAGCUAUAAAAAUAAUACCUGAAA